UGUGYGAUAAAUGUGAUGCCGCUUACCACACRGCUUGUUUACGACCUCCUCUCCUAAAUGUACCACAAGGUGACUGGUUUUGCCCUUUUUGCCAGCAGCUUGUCUUAUUAGAGAGACUAAAAGAAAAACGCACUCGACUGGUAGCAMGGCAAAGAUUAAGAGCACGUCAAGCUAAGAGGCUAACAAAGUCGGGRAUGAAUUUGUCUAACAUAUUGCAGGGUCCUGGGAGUGAUGAGGAGCAAAUCGACACAAUUCGUCGCUCUGGAAGAGCAAGAAAAACCGUAGAUUAUACUUUUAAGGAGUUUGAUGACGAAAUUUCAGAUGCUGUUGAAACUGAUAAAAAGAGACUUAAGCUUGACGACACAGAAAUGAACGGUCACCCGACGGGAAAACCAGCCUUCGCUGUCGAACGWUUCUACUCUACUCCAAGAACAUCGGCUCGACGAAGAUCACGUCGGCUGAAGGACUUAGAUUCGGGUAGCGAUUCCGAUUCAAAAAUCAGUGAUUAUGAGUACGAUGGGAGUACGGAUGACGAUCGGUAUAAGCGACCUGAACGACAUGUAUAUUUAAGAAGACAUAUAAUCGAGGAUGAUGACGAAGACGAAGAAAGUGUGAAGGGUAAGACUAAUGGCAAGUGCUCUGGUUCAGACGAUGAAACGUCCGUUGAUGAUAAYUCAAAAGRUGAUAAACACAACGAAACGAAGACAUGUAGUGAUGAAAAGGAAGAAACRGCAAAGGAAAGCGGUAAUGAAGACAAGAAUAAAUCACUCGACGAUUCUCAGGAUUCUACUAUAGACAAUACUGAUACUGAUGUCGCAUCAGAGAAGUCUGGUCCAACGGUCAAUGUUUCAAAAACAGAUAAAAAAGACACGACAACGAAGGAUGAUCACGAUAAAGAUGACGCAAAAGAGCCCAAGAAAGAUACAUUGGAUGUUCCUAAAAGCAAGCCGCCUCCCUUGGAGCGUAUCUCGCCAAAAGUUGACCCAUUAGAACUUGACGCAUUAGGAUUUGGUGCCCUGGCUUCUUGUUUCUCCAGUAGUGAGAGGCAACCGCCAUCAAGACCCGACCAAUACAGCACUUUACGCUCACCCUCGCAAAAUAUUCGUUCUCCYUUAAGACCUGACCCAGGGUUUCCAACUGACCGGCUCGGUGUUCCCCAAUCCCCCAGUUCGUAUCCACGUGUUAGCACAGACAGUCGUUUUGGCUCGUUCCCGCCAACUUACGAUCAAAGUUCAUCGUUCACUAACUACCUUGCUUACAAUCAAACGAACUUUUCUUCUGGGUCGACAAUGGAUAGUUAUUCAGGAAUACAGUCUGGCAGGCAAUCUUAUCCUGGGUUGAAUUAUCCAGGAAGUCGACAAUUUCCAGGAUACAGUCCAACUGGAAUUUCUAAGAGAGAAACCUCGCCGUCAUACAAUCAACCGCCUCCUUACGGGAGUUCUAUGUCGGGUUACUCUGCGCCGUAUCCAAGCACGGAUUUAACGUCGCGUUCCAGCUAUUAUCCGUCAUCCACUCACGGUUACUCGUUGCCCACUAAGAACCCUUACCCUCCUCAAGGAUAUUAUCCCGAUGAUGCUUUUUCUACGGGCAUGUUUUACGGUAACCCUGGAAGUGGUAUGCCACAAGGGGGUGUUAGCUCGUGGCCGACACACACUGCGGGCAGUACUUCUUACUACCCCUCCUCUGGAAUGGGGCAAAAUAGAACAGGCAUUUAAAAGAAACGUUUUAAAGAAUUCAGAGUGUACUAAGAGCCUCUUUAGGUUUUUGUGCAUUAUAUAUAGUGAAUUUUAUUGGCUGAUGCGUGUUAUGGAAGUUCUUAUUGUUGAACAAUUUAUAUACUGUGGAUCGACUAUUAUGGGAUAUCAAAAUAUAAAAUUGGUAACCACUCUAAUCUGUGAAAUUGUUUCCAARGUAACGGUGAUAACUAACCCAUAACAGUAUCACCUGGGAAACUUUUAUAAAACGUUCUUAGUUUUAUUUUAUUAACUUGUGAAGAAAAUCAUUUACAACUUCAAUCGUUUUUCUGAAAAAAAUAUACAUGUAAAAUGAGUUCCAUACAAAUAUCCAUAUAAUAUGAACCUGAAUAAAUAAUAUGUACGUGAUCA